UUUUGGCGCAGAACCCUCGAAACAGCUUGGAGAAGACGGAAACAAUAUGGCCGGAACGGAGCUGGUCGACAGUGGCGGUGGCUCCGAAGAAACCGAGAGUGAGCAGGAAAGCUACAGUUCUUCCUCCUUCGUAUGGGAUGACAAUUCCAAGCUCUACUACCACGCCAGUAGUGGGUUCUACCAUGAUCCCAGUGCUGGUUGGUAUUACAGCAGUAGAGAUGGUCAUUAUUACACAUUUGAAGAUGGAAGAUAUGUGCCAUUAUCAUAUAAUGAGAAAGGCGAGGUAUCUGAAGCCGUUGACGGUGCAACUUGUGCUUCUUUCCAUGAGGCUAGUGAUGAUGAGACAUUUAGGAUAGACGAAAAUGCAUCUGCUGAUGGGAUUCAGAAUCCACCAUCUGAAUGGCUGGAAGAUACUCUUAUUGAUCUAUAUUUGUCUGGUUAUUCCAAUCUAGAUGCCCAUCCUACUUCCUCAUCAACUUCUUUGCAUACUGUGGAUACUUCAUGGGAGGAGGAGAACUGGCAAGCUCAGUAUGGUCAAGUUGUUAGAUCCGGUGAUGAGCAUCAACCAUCUUUUCCAGUUAUUGAUCUAUGGGAUUGGGAAAUCAUCAACGAGCCAGCAAAGAAAAACAAUCCAGUGUACAAACUGAUUGGAAGAACUGCAAGAUGUUCCAAUAGGCUUCAUCCUUCUGUGCCUGCUGGAGGUGCUUUAAAAACUACCCCAGUUCGUGAGGUUCAUUUAGAUUUGGUGCGUGUUAGUUCAGGAAAAGUUUACCGAUUGAGGAGUCCAAACAGAAGAUACUUGACUUCUUUAUCAUCAUAUGAUUCUUCCAACCCCACUAAAGAUUGGGGUUUCCCAGAUCUUUAUGACAAUUUGCAGAAUGGUAUAUCAGACACAUUAUCAUAUCCCAAUUGUCAACCUAAUCAUACAGAUGAAGUUUGUGAUAUCUGGUCUUCUAAGCUUGACAAUUUUCCAAACACGCCAGAGAAGCACAAAAAUGUAACUUAUAAAGAUCGAGCUGCUGCAAGAAGGAUGUUACAUGGUGAUUUCAGUGUUGGUCCUGGACAAAAGGAAGCUGAGAACAGAUCGUUUCAUGAACCAACCUCAUCGUCACAACAUGCUGAUCCAGAAGAUGCUGCAGCAGAAGCCAUAAAGUCAUCGUUUGGAAGUGGAAGUUAUGCCAGAAGAAUUCUGAAAAGCAUGGGAUGGACUGAUGGAGAAGCUUUAGGGAAUAGCAGAAAAGGUCUUUUGGAACCUCUUCGAGCUGUGGGUAACAAAGGUUAUGCAGGAUUGGGAUGGAAUACUCAUAUCAGAGAUGCUACAUUGUAGCAAACGAUAAUUAUAUUUAUUUCAGACGUCCUUCACAGUUUAUCCUCAGGAUGUGAAGGGAGAAAAAUUAUAGGAUCAGUUUAUAGCCUAUCGCCAAAUGAUUAGGGGAUGAGAGAAAUUUUUUCUCACGCUAUCAGAGAUGCUACAUGGUCUUUAUCGAAGUUGUCUUCAUGAUCCAUGAUCCAAUUAGCCUUCAUGUCAGAUAUUUGCAAAUCAUACCAAGUAUUUUAGACGACCUCUUAAGGGUGAGAUUUUCCUUUAAGAUGUAUGUUCUUUCUGUAUUCUAGCAUAGAUAUUGUAAUUUCAAGACAUCCAACAAUCUCAGCAAUACAAGAUUGAAAUAAUUUAUAUAACGAGUGUCGAUUUAGAUAAAA